CACGAGGACAGCAUCCCGCAAGCCUCCCUUUUCUCAGGCACCUUCUCAGAGUCUUUUAAGACGGGGCGAUCUCGUAGGCCCACAAAAGAGAUUGAUAAUAUCUUGGAAAAUCAACUUCUCCUCUUUUUAUGAAGGGGGCAGACAUUUUGUUCCCUGAGUCAAGCAUCAGUUAGGAUAUUGAUCGGACAAAACUGGAACCUUGAGUUGUUCGACAUGGAUUGUGCCAACUCCGCCGCUGACAUUCGUCCAAAAGUCCGCCGCUCAAAAAACGGAUGCUAUACUUGUCGCAUCAAGAAAGUCAAAUGUGACGAAGUACGGCCACGGUGUGAGCGAUGCGUUCGUCUAAGACGGCUCUGUGACUACGAGCCCAAGAUGAAGCACAAUGACGUGUUGGCCAUGUCUCGAGGAUACAGGCUGGCACUUGAGAACUCCAAGACAUUGCCGACUUGGGCACAACGCGCAGCGCUAACUAGAGCUCUUGCUCUUCCAACACGGCUUCCAGAGUUUCCCAGUAGCGCGUGCUCGCUGGAUCUCACUUCGGCUGAUCAUGAGGCGAUACGCUAUUUCCGUACAACGUUUGCUAGGAUUCAACACACCAAGAAUCCUGAUUACUCGCUCUUCUCCAUAAUAUUCGCAAUUGCUGAAGAUGAGCCGAUGGUUAUGCAUGCUUUGUUGGCUCUCGGAGGCAAUGAAAUUGAAUUUCGGCGAAACAGUAACUCAGACGGAGCAAUUAGCCACAGUGCCAGGGAAGAACGAGAUCGUAGCAGCAAAUGGACUCCUGUCCAACAUUAUUCAGCUGCUUUGGGCCUUUUAGCCGAUGUAAUAGGGGCUGCAGACGACGGUCGGCAGUUAGAACUGGACCCCAUCUUUGCUGUGUUAUACCUGAUGCUUGUUUACGAGCAGAAGUAUGGUGAUGGGUCUUGCUCAGGGUUAUCAAAUCACCUUGCUGGAGCUGCUAUAAUUGUGAAAUACCGGUGCCAGAACCUCUCAGAUCAAAUAUCCAAGCGUGGGUGGCAGGGAACUCCGGUAUUGACCAGAACAAAGCGGCUGCGAAGUCACCCAGAUGAACCGGGUUUAUCCCUUUUUGUGAUCCGGCUGCUUGUUUGGAUUGCUCUCUGCGAUUCGACAGCCGCAACUUUUGGGAUUGGUGGCCAGUUCAACAGUGAGAUAAAGGAUAUUGUGGGGCCCGAUGACACUUCAUCUAUUCCUGGAUUCGAUGCUCUACAUAGAUACUCGAAUUCUUUAUACCGCUCAAUGUGGGGUGAUUCAUACCCGCAGGUAGAACUGCUGGAUGAUGUGGAGAAUCGAGACAUCUUUGCGUUUCUCUGCGCAUGCAUGCAGCUUCGCGCCAUGAUAGCUGGUCUAGCUGGGCUUGACGUGAAUGAGCUUAGGCAACGCGUACCAGUAAUUGAAGCCGCCUUUGAACAGAUUGACAAGCGUUAUGGGGAGCUACUUGAGGUAGCAUCAAACAUUUCUCUGUCUACAGACAACUCGCAUCGUCUCGUCGCCAACAUUCGCGCCUUCAUUCCCUUAUAUCAUGCUUCCAAGCUUGAACUCAUGCGUCUAAUUCGAGGAAAAGGCAUAGCCAUCAGAACAGAAAUAGUUCCAAAAGCACAUAUUAGCGCCAUUAUUGAUUUGGCCAUUCAAGCUGACAAGCAUCAAGGUAUUGAAGCGACCAUUAGAGUUGCUUGGCCGCUCUUUGUGGUUGCUCUUGAGACGAAUGACGAAGUUCAUCGGCGUUGGAUCCUCGGUCGAUUUCAGAUGAUGAGCCGCUACAGUAAGAAUUUAGAUCGCGCACACCAAUUUCUAAAAGAGAUUUUGCCGGUGGGGAGCGUUUCUGGUCAAAGAAUAGGUGUUGGUGAGAAUACUCGUCUCGUGAAUGGUGAAGUAUUCGUUAUAUAGGUGUGUGGGUUUGUUGAGUUUGGCUGCUGUAUCUUACGAGAAACAAGCAAGUCUGAGGAUGAGAUUUAGGCAUGGCCCCUAGGAGAAUGGAGUAUACUUGGACGAGCAUACGAUAUUUUUUUAACGAGUUUUAUCAUGAUUGGAAGAAACAUGUAUAGAUAGUAUGACAGUUUAGCCAUGAUUGCUCUUAGCGGAUAGUUUUGUAUUUUAUUCCAACUGCAA